AAAUUAUGAAAUACUUUAACAAGCUCAUAAACUUUUAAAUAUUGAGGUGUCAUCUGUUGUAGGCCUCAUUCAAACGCAGACUGAUGAUGAACAUGUUGGAACUUCCAGUUCCGUUCCAGCUAGUCAGUAACAUCUACCCUCACAAUGGACACCUGUCAGACAUCGCUUACCGAGUGCCAUGGACGAACAAAAUAUCCAUGGGUACGCUACAAGUGACUGGAUCUGUAAUGGAUUACUUGAAGGCCAGCAUACGUUUCAGUGACUGUUUGGAAAGGCUCAAUGUGUUGCAGACAGGAAGAGGACUAGAGGAAGUGGUUCCCAGCUCUAAUCCUGCCUCUCAGUGCAGUAUUGGGACCUCAGAAGUCCUCUGGCUUUUAGAUGGAGUUGAGAGCGGUGCCAUCAGAUCACCUUGGGAAGAGACUUUCAGUCCAUGUACGCCAGAUGCAUGUUGCUUUACCAGUGAUGAUCUCACUCUGCCAGAGGAGGUGAUAUUCGGUGAUCAUCUGCAGCGGUUCAAAAGCCACAUGCCUCCAUUUCAAACAAUGCUUCAGAGGCUGAAGAUCAUGGCUGUCUCGGAUCCUGUUCUCAAUUCAUCAGUACAUCUUUUAGAAGGGGUUGUUUUUAGACACUGUGCCUCAUACGAUGCAGUUUUAGAUGAAGUAACGGGCGCCACGUUUACUGGAGGAAAUGUUACAGAGGAGUUCAAAAAAGAGGCAGUACUGAACGAAGAAUCACUAAUGUUGCCUGUUGAAGUUUGUAUGGAUUCCUUCCGAAGACAAGAGCCCAUUUUUUCCAUCGCAAAAAUGCAAGAUUUUCUAAAUGUCACCCGAGAACAAAUAGAAGAAUGUUUACCCUUAAAAGAUCUUCUUAAAGAAGCCACCUCUGCUUAUAAACACACGACUGAGUUGGAGGUCCUGCAAAUGGCUGAAAGCAGCUUUGCUAACAUGACCUUUAAGGAGCCAAAGUCUCCAGGUGUUGCUUCAAGGUCUUCUGCUGAGAUGGAAUUAGACCUGCCUCUUUCACCUUGUAAUCAUACGCUGUGUCUACCAGACCUGUUUAUGUCCAGCAGAAAGCUGUCAGCUGAAAUACUGUCACCAGUUUAUAAGCAGCAUUUCAUGUCAGACAGUCAUUGUGAAAAUAUGGAAAAAGCAGUUUGGAUGGCAGAGAAAAAUCUCCAAUGUGUGUCUCAGUCUUUACUUGCUGAACCACAGGUAAAUAAGCCCUUGGUCCACAUUCAGUCACUUCCAGAGCUUCUCACACCACUGAAGGUGGAGAUGGAACCGGUCCCAGAACCUAAAGACAAAAUGGGCCAGUUUCAUCUCACAGACAGUACAGUGACGGUGCCUGAAAACUUCACAAAUCUCUUCAUCUAUACUGAGAAAAUGUCCACAGAAGAAUGCAAGACAGCUGUGAGAGAGUCGCACAUAGAUGAAAUAUUCUCACCACUGUCCAUUAGGAAAAUAGAUGAGUUGCUGGGUGAAUGCCCUUCAGAUGCUGCGCUGCCACCUUCAAGCCAUCCCACUGCAGUUCACCCUUCCCAGAGUAAGCCUCUGCAGUCAGCCGUACCUACACAGGUGGAGAGAGGGACGACUGUGAAGUUCUUUAUAAUGGAGGGCAUGUCUCACCAAGGAGACAGUUCUACAGUGACAACAGCUGGAGGAAUAGACUGUAAAGCUGCAGAGAUAGAGAAACGCAUCUCUAGUCCACCAGAAAAAUGGUUUGGGAGUCAGACAAAUUCCUCCACAUGUCUUUCAGAAAAGCAACACCGCUUUUCUAAAGUGGUCGAGAUGUCUAAGUCGUCUCCAUUGAAGCACUGUGUUAAAGAUAUUGAAGUGAUAUCCGCUAUACACAAACUUCCUGAGAAGUCAGAUCAGAGAAGAGAAAACAUAACCUCUAAAUCAUCUCUGUUAUCAAACUGUUUGAGAGGCAGAAAGGGAAACAAUUCUGUAGUUCAGUCUUACGAAGAUUUGGACCCUUUAUUGUCUUUUGUGGCGGUAAGAACGAUGGAAAAACUUCAGCGGAGCAGUCCAACAUCUGCAGAGGUAACCAGAUGUCAGGAUCCUACUGGAAAAGCUUUGCUAGAUAACAGAAUAAAUGCAGUGAAUCACGCCUCAGAUACAGGAAGGAUUGUCAUUGCCACUGAGAAAACCUUUCCCUGUGAAGAGAUACAAGAGACCAUCAGCAAGAUUGUAUACGUCCAAGCCACAGAGAGUCAGCGAGAUGCAUAUAGGGAACUGCAUGCGUUGGCUCUGCCCUCUCUGGGAAAAAUGCAGAAGUUGGGCAUCUCCGCUUUGAACAACAGAGACUUUGGCACUCUGUCUUCCGAACUCACACGAUUCCUCCUAAAGCAGCAAGACCGAAUGCUUCGGACAGAACAGGAUGCUGACAGUGUGUUUAAUGAGAUGGCACUGCUACAUAUUCUGGUAAUGCUUAAGGAACACGUCCUGUUCAGAUGUGACCUCAACGCAGCCACUGAGUACCUGGCUCAGGCGAAGGACUCCUGUACUCGGAGCUGUUUGGAUGAGCUGUUGAAGAAGUUUGAGGUGUUGCAGUAUCUGAGUCAGAAGAGCCAGGAGUCCAACCCUAAACUACUGGAGCUCCAGGAACAAAUCAACACCUGGAUGAACUCCCACGCCAACCACAACACUAGAGUUCUAGUGUUGACAGUGAACAGUGUAAAUAAAAAGCUGCUCGCAGCUCUCAACCAGGUAUCAGAAAACGCUGUGUCUGAAAUCGUCCCGGAUGAAGGAAAGCUUAAAGUCGUGAGCAGAGAAGUGAUGGACAGACUGUCCUACAGUAGGUGUGUCGUCGUGUGCAGUCAGCACAUUGGUCCUGAUUUCCCAUGGCAGAGUUUCAGCAUGGUGUUUGAGCUUUCCUGUGUGGGCCACUCGCCCUUCGGCAGUGUGUGUUCAGAGAGAAACGUCAACUUUAUCUCCUUCUCCACUGCAGUGCCUGAAACCAUUUCAUCUGCAGCAGAUAUCCCAGAAGAAUCAACUGCUAAAUCAUAUCUGGACACUAUUCCGUUUGUGUUGCUCAUCACUGAUGGUUUACUGAACCGCUUAAAGAUGCAGCGCACACUGCAGACAACAUACAAUAUUGUUCUGCUGGAGAGGAAACACUCUCCAUCUGCACUGCAGCUGGGCGGAACCCAUUAUGAUGUCAUCACUGUGGAUGAGACCACUGCCAUCCUCAUCCAGGAGCUGAGUGAGUUGGAGAAGAAGAUUGGAGAAGCAUCUGAGCGUGUCGUCAAGAGACUCUCAGCCCUAUCUCUGCAGUUCAGCCGUUGCUGGCUCAUCCUGCACUGCGCCGAGAACCACAGGGCACUGAUUUCCAGUAACAUCUAUAUCAAUCUGGUUCACAUCUACUCUGCAUCUGUGUUGUUCGGAAGCAAGUCUGACAAGUUUGAUGUCAAGGUGUUAAUGGUGUGUGAGGAAGAAGAGAUAGCUAGCUACAUCUAUCGGAUCUCCUUACAUACACUGAUGAAUUCAGAGAGAGAUGGACUGAGCUGGUUGGAUAGAGACUGGCUCAGUAUGCAGCCCACAAAGGCAGAGCAUUGCCUAUUGCAGUUUCCCUGCAUUAAUCCUCUGGUUGCUCAACUGAUGUUGAGGAGAGCUCCAUCGCUGCAGUGGCUGCUGGGAGCUUCUUUCUCUGAGCUGCAGGAAAUGUUCCCACAGAUCCCUCACAAAGUCAUUAAGCUUUUCAGUGAUAUUACAACUGAGUCCAAAGUCAAAACGGCCACCAUGAAGAGUGAGAAUACACCCCUCUCACACAAAAACAGCCCAGCUCACCCUCCUCAUCCUCAUCUGCCUCUCUGGACUCAGGAUCUUGAUCCGUUACAUCUGGAGGAUAAGACGCCACGUAGCCAGUUGAUUGCAGGUCAUAACAGAAGAAGAGGAGAGGAAACAUGGAGAAAAAACGAAUUAUCCCUUCCAGAUUCAACUCACUCUCACUCAUUCAACCCCUUUUUGCCAAGUCCAUUCAGCCAAGCUUCAGCUACAGCGAGCGCCUGGCAGCCGCAGGGUGAAGGAUUCAUUCAAAACCCAAAUCUAGUGCCAGGCCGAGCUGUUCCCCGAGGGUCUGCCCGUGUUCCCCUGGCUCCUCUACCCACUCCUGAAGUGCUGGGGUACAGGAACACUGCGUGUGCAUUCAGCUUUAGGCCGCAGGGUCAGACUCACCGGAGCUCACCUGAGAACGAUCCGCCUCACAGGACAGGAGAGGAGAGGAAGAGGCGAGGAGGAGAAGACGCCCAGAGUGUUCCUCCACACAGCAAGAGAGGAAAACUGCUAUAUGAGCGAGUUCCAGGCAGGAAUGAUGGACAGACCAGACUGAGAUUUUUCUGAGAAAGUUUUGCUUCUUUCUCUUCAGUUU